AAAUAUGCUCCUACAAGAAAGAGGAAACUGUUGGGUACAUUAAACAGAAGAUGAAUGAGAAUCAAUCUACAGAAAAAUCCAUCAAUCUGAUUUACUGUCUGAAUGAACUGGGUGAUCCAUGGGUGCAGGAGAUUUAAAGUAUGCAAUUUGAAUCAGUGGGAAAGUCCAAACUCUCCUUUUUACAGUGGUCAGCUUUAGUUUUUGUGUUGUUGACAUCUGAGCAGCAUCUGGAUGGACUUAAUCUAAAUAAAUUUAUUGGAGAUGAAAAUAAAGCAGAUGAAGUUCUUGUGAAACUGCAACCUGUAAUUAAAGAAACCAGAAAUGUUCAGUUAAGAUAUUGUGAAGUCACAGCUGAUGGUUGUGUUGCUCUGACUUCAGCUCUGAGAUCAAGCCCAUCACACCUGAGAGAUCUGAAUCUGUCUAAUAUUAAUCUAGGAAAUUCAGGAGUGAAGCUGAUCUCUGCUGUGCUGGAGAAUCCUCAAUGUAAAGUGAAGAAACUGAAUUUGAGUGGUUGUAAAAUCACAGAUGAAGGUUUUGUUGCUCUGACUUCAGCUCUGAAAUCAAACCCAUCACACCUGACACAUCUAGAUCUGAGCUGGAAUAAUCUACGAGAUUCAGGAGUAAAGUUGAUCUCUGAUGUACUGAAGAAUCCUGACUGCAAACUGAAGAUACUGAAGUUGUGUUCUUGUGAAAUCACAGAUAAAGGUUGUGUUGCUCUGACUUCAGCUCUGAGAUCAAACCCAUCACACCUGACACAUCUGAAUCUGUCUAAUAAUAAUCUAAAAGAUUCAGGAGUGAAGCUUUUCUCUGAUUUACUGAAGAAUCCUCAAUGUAAACUGGAGAAACUGGGCUUAAGUAGGUGUAAUAUCACAGACGAAGGUCGUGCUGUUCUGGAUUCAGCGCGAAGUUCAAACCCAUCACACCUGACAGAUCUGGACCACUAAGGAAAUAAUUUAAAAUGUAUAGUGUAUAUGUUGAGUACUGUAUGUAUAGUUUACAACAGUGGUCUCCAACAUGGCGUCCACGGGCACCAGGUUGCCCGCACAGAGUCUGUAAGUUGUCCCCCUAAGCACAUUCCAUUAACAGCUUAAACUGUAAAAUGUAUUUAUUUAUUACAUAUUUUUAUAUUAGCUUAGUUUCUUUUAUGUAUGUUAACAUUUUAAACAAUAAUUAUAUCAAAAACGUACAGCCCUCCAAAUUGUUUUAUCCAUUGUGGUAGCCCUUGCUUACAAAAAGGUUGGAGACCCCUGGUUUACAUUAGGCCUGUGUUUUAUUAUACACUUUAAUGUUAUAUCAUGAUGUCGCUUUUUUAAGAAUAACAUAUGUAGACUUCACCUGCAGUGCAGUAAAUAUUUAAAAAUGUAUUUAUUUAUCAUUAGUAAUGUGUGUUGUAAGGGUGAUUUAUUCCUCAGAUUUUCAAAAGGUAUAUCUCAGCCAAAUAUUGUACCAUCCUAACAAACCAUAAUGGAAAGUUUAUUUAUUUAACAUUCAGAUGAUAU